GUCAUGUGACUGGAGUGUGUGUCAAAAGUGCAGCAUUUUAAAUAGCUUUAUGGCUACAUACCGCGUAGAUAUUUUAUUUCUUUUGCUGAUUCAGUACUUUUUGAUAACGUUUCAGUUGUCGGAACAAAACGAUGGAAAUUCUUUAUAUGAAGAUCUUUUAUUGCCAUACCCCCCAUUCCAGAGACAUGGCCCUUCCCACUCCCAUCGGUUUGUGAGGGAGUGUCAAGCAGUCGCCUAUGGCAACGUCACACACGAAUCCUGGAGGUCUAGCAGUAGACCGGGUCUGCCUGUGGCAGAGUCCCAAACGUUUGUUUCGAACAUCGCCACUGGCUUUGAUAAGCCCAUAUGGGCCACCGGUCACAUGACCUUUGUUAACAACCCGCUGCAGACUGUUUCGGUGUUAGAGCCAGGUGGUGCGGGGGGCUGCGGGAUUGGCCGAUUAGAAACGGUGGAACGGACUUCCAGACCAAAGAAGUGCCUAUAUUCUCAAAAUGGUGGUUAUUUCCGUACAAAGACUGGGCAGUGCCUGGGAAACGUGGUGAGUGAUGGAACACUGGUGAGAAACAGCAAGGGGAUACAGAAUGCUCAGUUCGGAAUCAAGAAGGAUGGGACUUUGGUGUUCGGGUACCUAUCGGAAGAAGACGUAUUAGAUACGGCAAACCCCUUCGUGCAGCUAGUCAGCGGAGUGGUUUGGUUGUUGAGGAACGGUUCCACCUACAUCACGGAGAGCACGGCAGUCGAGUGCGAGGAGACCGAGGAGACCGGGCAUUUCCCGGAGUUUGUGAACACGGUGUCUGCGAGGACAGCAGUGGGGCACGAUCGAGACGGCCGGCUGGUCCUCUUCCACAUCGACGGGCAGACAGGCAUUCGAGGGAUGAAUUUGUGGCAGGUGGCAAAAUUUCUUAAAGACCAGGGGGUCGUCAACGCCAUUAACCUAGACGGGGGAGGCUCUGCGACUUACGUGGUCGAUGGAUCGCUGGCCAGCUACCCCUCGGAUCACUGUCACGAGCCCAUGUGGCGGUGCCCGCGCAACGUGUCCACGGUGCUGUGCAUCCACGAGCCGCUGUGCCAGCCGGAGGACUGCGGCGGGCACGGGGCCUGCGUGGACGGGUCCUGCGUGUGCCAGCCGGGCUGGAGGGGACCCGCCUGCGAUACCCUGGCCUGCCAGACCCCCGGCUGCGGCGACCACGGCGUCUGCACCCAGUAUGGAUGUGUCUGUGAUGCCGGUUGGACGGGGAGCAACUGUAGCGAAGUGUGUUUGACUGGUUUCUAUGGCGACGGCUGUAACCAGACCUGUGAAUGUUGGAACGGGGGGUCAUGUGACCCAGUGCAUGGGCACUGCACCUGUCCUGCUGGCUACCAGGGGGCCUCUUGUGAGCAUGAAUGCCCCAUAGGCUUCUAUGGGGUUAACUGUGCACAGGAGUGCCGUUGUCAGGACAUGUGUCCAUGUGACCCGGUGACAGGCACGUGCAACAUCACAAGGAAGGCGGAGCUGAACAGCACAAUGCACAGAGUUGGCCACUGCUUGGCUACCCAGAUGUUUAAAACUUGGAAAGAGGAGGAUAUUGCUCACCAACCAAAGCCUUACUUUACAGAAUCCACCUGGAUGGUUAUCAGCUUUGUUCUCUGUGCCCUGCUCCUGGCCAGCGUGGUCUGUAACCUGGUCCAGAGCAGGAGGACCUCCGGGGCACUUCCCCGCAGGAGGGACUACUCCUACAUCCCCCUGUCAGAGACCAACGGCAGGCUGAGCCUGGAGGACCUCACCGACCCAGCGUCCUUCGGUCCCGGCUACAGGGACGUGUGUCAGGAGGACGAAUCCUGCAAAGCGCCAGGAAACCAGGGGACCAGCCGGCCCUCUUCAGAGAGCUUUCCAGGGGAGUCGGGCGACCAGCUUGGCCGGUAACUCCAGGGCUGUCCGGGAUUGUGAGGCUUCUGGUGACCCCAGACGCGGCAGAUGUCUCUGACGUUGAGGCCGUGCUGAAGCUGUUAAAGCUGUUAAUGGAAUUUUUCCCAAAGAGUACGACAGAGGUUCCCAAACUCGGUCCUGGGGCCCCAUGGGUAUGUUGGUUUUCGUUCCAAACAGUCGCAAUCCCAGAAUUUUAACAAGCUGUGAUUUUUUCUUAAUUAGGUUCUUUUCACGUUUAGAGGGAUUAAGAUUAUGGUUGGAACAAAAACCAGCAUACACAGGGGGGCCCAGGACUGAGUUUGAGAACCUCUGGUGUAGGGGAUUCCUCGGAGUCCCAUCCAAAGGUAUGGUAAGGCUCUCCGUGCAGCCCACUGUUUCUACUUCAUUGUCACAUUGUACAUUCGGGUAUGUACAUGUAAGUCCCUGUUUGUCCAUCUCAGUUUAUGUGUGCCGAAUGCUCUAGCAUAAAAUAGCUAUAGAAAAUCGCUCAAGUUUGCUACAAGUUGGUGACAGUUGACCAUCCCCCCCAACCCCUUCACUAUAAAGCACUUUAAAAUCCAUGAAAGGUACUACAUAAAUGGAUUUAAUGAUGUCAUCUGCUUAACCUGAAGAGUUUUAUUGUUUCCAUUCCUAGUUAAUCCUACACUGUGAAGUCUUAUCUUUUUUAUCAUUUAAGACAACCAGUAUUACCCUGUCCCUGUCCCUAUAUUUGAGAUCUUGAAUGUUUUUACAGGGCUGAUGCUUUAGGGUGGCAGUGUUCCUCGCUGUUCAGCUGUUCGGUGAGGUCAUCAAAAUGGAGACCUGGAUAUCUUUGUAUCAAAAUUAGAAAUGUAGGCUGUUACUAUAGGAACAUAUGGGUAUUUAAGAUCCAUGUGAUCGAAGGAGGUGUUACCUUUCAGCAUAUUAAGAUGCUAAGAUGAAUUCCUUAAGAUCUUAAUAUUUUACUGAUUGCACAGCAAUCAAUGUGCAUGGUCCAUAUGACUUACGUAGACCAUACAUUUGUGAUUUACUGCCAAAUUUAGAUUUUAAACUUGUACCUGUAAUCAGUUUAAGGGUGAAUUAUCAUAAAACACAGUUCAGAUAGUGCCAAAUAAAGUUUCUUUUUAUAGACAGCCAUUCAGCACGUGAUCUUAAAUUAAUUUAGAGGGAAAAUGUAUAUUAGGAAAAUUGUUACUGGUCAGAGUGACCUUUAGACAAAAUUGCUGAUUACUGUUGCCCUGGGUUGCAUCUUUUUAAAAAUUUGAUCCACUGAGACGACCUGGGAAAAUGAGUUUUGCAGCCAUGUUGUGUUUUUAAAAAAUCUGCCUAAAACACAAUUUCUUGGCACAUUAAACAAUUUGGCUUGAAACUUGAAAUGUAUGAUACUGCCAGUCUGCCAUGUGGCAAUUCAUUCAUAGCAGCAAGGCAUAUAUGGCAUGCAAAACUCUCCAGUUAUAUAAGCAAGGCAAGAUGUACCAAAUCAAAAUGGUGUUGAUGGCUUACACUGUAAUCUCAUUUUUCAUCGUAAUCCCUCAAUAUUGGAUUUUCACCUAUUUGUUUAUAGAAUAAUUUUCAUAUAUGACGUUUUAUUUUCUUAACCUGUCCAUCAAAACUUGCUCAUUGAUAGUGUCCCAUGACAAACAAAAAAGGCACAGGGAGCAUAAAGCUAAUGGACGCUUUUUUGUCCAUUGUGCUUUUUUGAUCUUCCUACUAACCGCAGUAUUAAAAAAAACAGUUUAGUAAUGUCCGUGGAUACCUGGAUUAGUUGCCGUUUGUGAUAGGGCAGUCUGUCCCAUAUCAUUAUUGACUCAACACAGUUCCAUUUAACCUGCAUAUUUUACUGGCUUAUCCACGAUCAAGCGUGGUGAGUUAAUUGGUGAAAAAAUCAUUUAUAGUGGAGACAAAUAUUUCAUUAAAAUAACUUGUAUUUUAAAUUUUGUGUAUUUGUCUACACAGUUUUCUAAAAUUAUUUUACGAUUUUGUAUUUUCUUAUGAUAAUUUUGCACUAUGAAUGUUAUACACGUGCAUUUAGCAACCAACCAGUGUGACCAACAAUGUGUUCUGAGCAGGUAAUUUGCAUUAGGAUGAUCUCAGGGUUUUUCAUAUCGUUGCUGUGAGAUGCAAAUGUGCAUUCCAGAAUUGUUUAUAAAAUGAAAGUUAAAGCUUGGAAGAAAUGUGUGCUAUUAAUUUAGAGGUUUGAAGGAAUGUAUUAGCAUUUGGUACUUGUCAGAGAAAUGUAUGUGGCCUCCAUGAAUUCCUAUUUUUUGUGUUUUGCUAUGGAAUACAAUUAUGCACACAUUUUGCAUAAAAUGGCAUGGUCUUGCUUUCUAACAUUUGAUCUCCACAGUCUUGUGAGAACAAUUCACAGAAAGUGUCAAGUUAAAUGAUGUUUGAUUAGCUGUCAAACUUAAUGUUCUUUAUCGUAGGCUAGCAGGCUGGCUUAUCAAGUACCAAAUUGCUAACUUUAAUGUAAAGCAGUUUUAUAGGUUUCUUUUUCAAAUUGAAAUGAAGAAAUUACUCAUUUUUAAAUGUGAAAAUGUUUCUGGUAUGCAGUACACAUCCAACUCAAGGAGAGAUGUGUAACAGAUUCUGCUUGUCAUUCUGUUCUUAUAAUUAACGCAUGUCAAAUGCUGUUUUACACUGGAAUAUUUUGAACAUUAAAAAAUUGUGGAAGAAUGAU